AUGACGGUGUCACUCGGAACCAAAUCAAUCAUAUCCUCGUCAAGUCACAGUGGGCCUCGAGUGUCGUGGACUGUCGCGCAUUCCGGGCAGCCGAAACAGGCAAUGAGCAUGGCUCCGACCAUAUAUUGGCAAACCGGAGCCGAGAUCCAGCUCCGGUUUUUAAAUCGCUUUGACGGUCUUCAAGCACUUCAACCCAUUGAGUACUCAGCUGAGGACUCCUGGCAGUUAUUCAAAAGCAGCGUAAACGAAGUUGCCUCGCAGACCCUGGGUAAAACCAGACGGCGGGCGAAGGACUGGAUCUCUGGUCGCACUAUUGAGCUCGCAAACCAAACUAAACGAGCCCGUUGCUUCGAGAACGACGACUUCCGCCGAUUCCGCCGUGAGACUGCUCGCUCUGCGAAGGCUGAUCUCAAUACUUACUGGCGAAACGUCACUGCAGUCAUGGAGCAAGCGGCAUCAGUAGGAGAUUUCCGAAAACUAUACCAGACUAGCAGGCUAAGCGAAGUGCUGCUGGAUACGAAUGGAACGCCUAUCUCCCAGAUGGCAGACCGCACAAUCCGUUGGAAGCAGGAUUUCAAGACCUUGCUGAACCAUGACCCUCCCUUUCAACAUACCACUAGCACCCUAACAAACGCCCCCGAGUAUGAUGCCAACUGCGAUUCUCCAACGGAAGAAGAGAUAUGUGAUGUCAUCAAAAGACUAAAGAAUAACAAAGAUGCUGGCGAGGACAGUCUUCCGGCGGAACUCUACAAGAGCUGUCCUAACCUUAUGGCCAGAUGCCUACACCCAAUGCUCGACGCUGUGUGGCGUUCUGAGCAACUACCCCAGGACAGGAGUGAUGCAAUUCUCCUCCCCUUUUACAAAAAAGGCGACCGUCGCGAUUGUCGCAACUAUAGAGGCAUCAGUUUGAUCGAUGUCGCCUCAAAAAUUUUCUCGAUUAUCGUACUGCGUCGUUUCCAGAAUAUCCGGGACCGCCGAACUCGUCCUAACCAAGCAGGCUUCCGGAGAGGCAGAGGAUGCAUAGAUCAUAUUUUUUCCCUCAGGCGAAUUCUCGAACAGCGAUGGGCUUAUCAUCAAUCUACCGUCGUUUGCUUCAUUGAUUUCACCGCAGCAUUCGACUCGGUGGAUCGCAGAAGCCUCUGGGAUAUCAUGCGUCAUGAUGGCUUCCCGUCCAAGCUUCUCAACCUCAUCAAGGUCUACUACGCUCACACUCGAACUAGAUGGGUGCGUUUGGCGCCACCAGUUUACGGACGAACUCAUCACCGGGCGUCCGCCAAGGAUGUGUGCUCUCUCCCAUCCUGUUCAACUACAUUAUUGACUGGAUCCUGGAGAAUAGCAUUGGUUGGCCUCGCGGGUGUCAGAGUUGGCCACGACUGCUCCAUCACCGAUCUCGAUUAUGCCGACGAUGUUGCAAUCCUUAGCGAGUCCUACGCGGAGGUGCAGUUCAGUCGCAUGGCCAAAAUGGUGGGGAUGAACAUUAACUCUUCCAAGACGAAAAUUCUCUCUGCGAACUACCCCCUACCUGAUCGAGUGGCUGUAACCCUCGAUGGUGAAGCUGUGGAAGAGAUUAUGCAUCCUUCAUCAGGAAUCAAAUCCUUUUCAUUAUUGAUAAGUCAUGUCAAUGUCUACUCUCUGUGUCAUUGA